AUGGGAUCGAAUUACAUUAUCAAGAAUGCGACAGUCUUGUCGAUUGACCCUGCGAUUGGCAACGUCGACAACUGUGAUGUGACGAUCGAGGACGGCCUCAUAACUGGGGUUGGACGUAGUCUGAAGCACACCGAUCACAAGGUUAUCGAUGGCACCAAUAGCAUUGUCUCACCUGGUUUUAUCGAUACUCAUCGGCAUACCUGGCAACAUCAGCUAAGGACCAUUGCCUCUGAUUAUGUGUUGUCGGAUUAUAUCCUCGCUUUAAGGCAUAUCUAUGGCGCCUCCUAUACCCCACACGAUGCCUAUCUCGGCAAUCUCGCUGGGGCACUCGAAUCAAUCAACAAUGGCAUCACGUACUUGAUCGACCAUUCACACAUUCAAAAUUCUCCCGAUCAUGCAGAUGCCGCGGUAAAGGGUUUGCAGGACGCCAAAAUUCGGGCGGUCUUCUGUUAUUGUAUGUACGCAAAUCCAGCCUGGGAAGGCUCUCACGUCAAUAAGGAGCGUGAAAAGAAUACGCCAGAUUGGAGGCGUGACGAUGCUCGGCGAAUCAAGGAGACGCAUUUUGCGAGCAACAAGCCUGAAGACGUCUUACGGUUUGGAUUUGCCCUGUCUGAACCUGAUAUCACGCCAAUUGAUCAGCUCGUCGACGAGAUCGGAUAUGCUAGGGGUAUCGGUGCUGCCGUCAUCACGGGACAUAUUAGUUUUGGCAAAUGGGACCCGGGCAAGCGCAUCACUAAACAGUUGGCUGAGAGAGGUGUACUUGGUCGCGAUAUUGUGCUCAGCCACGGAAACUCUCUGACAGAUGGGGAACUGGAUUAUGUAGCCAAAUUCGGCUCCGGAAUUUCCACCACCCCAGAUACAGAGUUGCAGAUGGGCAUGAGUCACCCAGUCGCCUUCAAGGCAAAGGACAAGGGAGCCAUUGCUUCAUUGGGCGUUGACGUCUGCUGCAGCAGCCCUGCAGACAUGUUUGCGCAGAUGCGAUUGCUGAUCCAGGCUCAAAGACAUCUCGAACACGAAAAGGGCGCCGGACCCCCAUUGAAGAUGUCGCGCUACUGUUCCGAGGUUCUGGAAAUGGCUACGAUGGGAGGUGCCCGCGCUGUGGGACUGGAGAAUGUCAUUGGCAGCAUUACUCCUGGUAAGCGUGCAGAUAUCUUGAUAACUAGGUGCGACUCGAUCAGGCUGGUUCCCGUACACGACCCUGUCGGCGCACUCGUUCUCUACGCCAAUGGAUCGGACAUCGACACGGUCUUCGUCAACGGGAAAAUCGUGAAAUCGGAGGGCAAGUUUCCACACAUUGACUGGCCAAAACUCCGAGACGAACUGAGGGCGUCGACAGCUGCCAUCCUGGAGACGUCGAAGAAGGCUCCAAUGGAAGAGCUCGAGGCUGCUCGCAAAUGGAUGGUGGAGGUGCUGGCAGGCACGAGGAAACAGCAACGGGAUAGCAAGGGCAACAUCACGAAUAUUUCAGAAUAG